UGAAAUGUGACGUCCUCUUUCCCCGCUAUCCGAGAGGAGAACAGGAACUUUGGGUUCGCCAUCCAUCGCAAAUCUACAAUGGCCGAGGAAGGCACUGCUGCCGGAGGUGUGAUGGAUGUCAACACCGCUCUCCCUGAAGUGCUCAAGACCGCACUUAUCCACGAUGGCCUUGCCCGCGGUAUCCGUGAGGCUGCCAAGGCUCUGGACAAACGUCAGGCCCAUCUCUGCGUUCUGGCUGCCAACUGUGACGAGCCCAUGUACGUCAAGCUGGUGGAGGCUCUCUGCGCUGAGCAUCAGAUCAACCUGAUCAAGGUUGAUGACAACAAGAAGCUCGGUGAGUGGGUCGGUCUGUGCAAGAUCGACCGCGAAGGAAAACCCCGAAAGGUUGUCGGCUGCAGCUGCGUUGUCAUCAAGGAUUACGGCAAAGAGUCUCAAGCCAAGGAUGUAAUUGAAGAAUACUUCAAAGCCAAGAAAUGAGAUGUCAAUAAAACGUGGAAAUAAAA